AUGAAAACCGGAUACGGCCUGGGUGCGGGCGACCUGGGAUACUUGGGCUACGGUUCGAAGCCCUACUCAUCGCUAACUUACCUCGGCAGCUCCAAAGGAUACAAUUCCGCUGCAGGUGGAUUGAGAACGAAAAGUGCAUUCGACAAGGACUCGUCCAUAAUGUCCAAAGUGAAGAAACCGAAAAUAAGGAAAACGUCGGCUGACAAAAUCGAGACACCGUUGUACAAGAAGAAAACCUUCGACUUUACCGACUACGCGUACCGCGAGGCGGUGAAUCGGCUAAAGUUUCUGCUGACCGAGGCGUACGAGCCAACGAAGGUUGCUACCUCUUUCUACUACCGCGGUGUUGACGAUGGCAAAUCGGAAGUGUCCGACAAUCAAUCGGGCAUCGUUGAGCGGCCAUCGCUGACGGAUGUUUCGAAGUACUUUCCGCAACGUUACGGCGGAACGCUCGCACGCAGGUACAGCUUUCUCAGCAAGGACGUGUCGUCCGGCGGGCCGCAACCAGUGGUACCGGCGGGAGCCGGAGCGCUAAAGCCAGCCAUCUCCGGGCUGGAAGUUGCUCAACCUCCGCCGGAGCUGUUGGGAUUCAUCGAGAAGCAGGAGGGCUACAUCGAGCAGUUGGAGCGCGAGUCGCAGUAUUGCAGGGAGGAACUCUCGACGCUGCUGAAGAAAGUGAAGGAUGUGGUGUCGGAAAACGAAGCCCUAACUGAUCGAUCGCGGUCGAAAGCACUGUACCAGCUCGAUUCGUCCGAGAGCGAAGACGUCGACUAUGAUCGCGCACGCGCCAAAGGCAAAUCGCUGUCGGGACCGAGCAUCGUGUUCGAGUCGCGCAUCAGUGAGCUGGAGGCACAGCUGGCCCAAUCGCAGAUCGAUCUGAAGAAGCUGUUUGCCGAGAACGAGGAGAACAAGCACAAGCUGCUGCACGGUGCAAGCGACGUAGGCAACGCGGACGCCUACCGGAAACAGGUGGAGAAUCUGCAACGCGAUAAACAGAGCCUGGAAGAAACGGUACGCAAGCUGCAGCUCUCGAUCGAUCAGCUUAAGGACUCGGAGGCGUGCAACUUUAGCAAGUCGCAGAGAAGUCGGGACUUGAUCGAGCAGGUGGCUUUCGAGCGAAACCAGGGCGAGAUCGAAAUUCGACGGCUCAAGGAUGAGCUAGAGCGUCAGCACGAGCGCGUACGGGAGGUACAGCACGAGAUGGCCAAGCGAAUUGCGGAUGAGCGUGCGAAUGCCGAGCGCCGUUACACCUUUCACGUCGAUCAACUCGGUGGCGACCUGAGCAGCCAGUGGGAGCACGCCACCAAACUGCAGCUGGAGGUGGAGCGGAUGAAGCGCGGUGAGUCAGACUGUAAGCGCGAGCUGGCCCAAAAGAGCUCCCAAAUCGACGAGCUGAAGCUGGAGCUAAAGAACAAAACGGCGAUCUUCAUGUCCGAUCUCAACCAGGCGAGCGCCGAGAAGCAGUCGUUGGAGCAGGAAAUUACUUCACUCAGACUCCAGUUGGAGCGAGCUGAGCGGCAGUCGAAGGUAGAAGUUUCUCGUUUGAACGCCGAAAUAACGUCGCUUCGUCAGCGCCUUGACCGGGCCGAUGCCGACCUGCUACACUCGAAGCGGGAAAAUCUCAAACUCGGCGACGAGGUGGCAUCGCUGGAGAAGGAGCUAACUCUGGGGGAGCUGAAUAGGGAAACGAGACCCUCCAAAGAGCUGGCGAAAAUAAUUUCGGACAUGGAAAACAAGCAUGCGGCCACCGUUUCCGAACUCGAGGGCAUGGUACAAGAUCAAAAACAGCUCAUGGAAAAACUAACUGCAGAAUGCAAAAGCUUGACGCACAAGUUAGAGGACACCACACAGAAGCAUAAAGAGGAGAAACUAGAGCUACGCCGAACGAAUUCCGAACUGAUGGAGCGCUUGAAGCAAAUCUGGACCAAUUACAAACAGAUCAGUCCAGCGUUUCGGAAGUCGAGCGCUGCGAGUUCCGGUGCCGAUGACGUACCGGAACCAGCGAAGGCUGCCGAUCAAGAGCGACGGACAAACGAUAAGCUCCAAACGUCGGAUCUAGGCCCGGAAGUACUGCAUCCCGAUAUCCCAAUGCAAACAACGGACGAACCAGCAUCGAUGAUACGGCCGCUACCAAGUACGGCGCUACUGUGGGAGGCAAAUCAUCUCGACCGGAGUCUCGAACAUCCGAUCGACAGCAGUACACCGCUCCGACGCAACCACCGCCACUGUCCCGAAACAACUCCGUCGUGGACUACGGCGAGCCCAAGGGAGAGAGGCGAAGCGAGUCACGGCUGUCGCGCAGCUCGGUCACCAACGAGGAUGGCCCGAAUGGUGGUGGCCCCGGGCGUUCCGGAGCCACCUCGAAGGAGCCAGAGUAUGGACGUGCUGAGCAGGAGCGUUCGUCCAGAGCCAGCGAUUCCACUAAACCGGACAGCGCCGGAGGUGGAGCGUCGGGAAGUAGUGGCCGAUUGUCGCGAGAAUCCGUCGCUGACCAACGAGCUUCGCGGCAAUCGAUGCAGUCAUCAGUUGCCGGAUCCCAGGGUACCGGCUAUGGACAGGAUCCGAUGCAGUACGCCGCAGCAGACGCUCAGCUCCAGCAGCAGCAGCAACAGCAGUAUGGAGAUUUCGCCUACCAGCAACAGCAACCAGCAACGGAUCAGCAGUACCAGAUGCUCGACGACCAGUCAGCGGCCGCAGCAUUCGGCGAUGGAGCCACAACCGGAUACGAUCCCUCGCAGCAACAGUACGAAGGAUACGGUGGCCAGCAGUACGAGCAGCAACAGCAAGCAUAUGACCAGCAGCAGUACCAAGGCUAUCAGCAAUCAUAUGACACACAGCAGUACGCCCCUGAGCAAGUUUAUGAUGAAUCAAGCUACGUCACCGGAACUGGCGGCACUUCCGUGCAACAGCAGCACCAACAGCCUCCUGCACCACCCGCACCAACCGUUGCCCCAAUAUCACAGCCCCCUGCCCAAGUAUCUCAAGCACCACCAGCCCCAGCACCAUCAGCCGCACCGACUUCCACCGUACCAACCGGAAGCGGGAAACAGUCCGCAGGCGGGAAGCCUACAGGAUCAGUGGAACCCAAGGAGAGCAACCGAACGGUGGGGAGCACCCGUGCCUCCUCUCGAACAGGCACAAACGGACAGCGAUACAAACAGCCGUCGGGCGCUGGACGGUAAGCCCCACCUGUGCUGCAACAGCUUGCCGCGGCAGCAGCAACCCUGGAACUGUGACUUCCAGCCUAUCAACAGCUACCCUCAACUGUGCAUCAGCAGCCCCAGUCUGUUCGGUAGCAGCCCCGACCUAAGCCUUACACCUUCUCCCACGUCAACUGUGCUUCAAAAUUACGAUGUGGCCAGUCCCAACCCGCGCUAA